AUGGCUUUAGUACGGCCCACGCGGCUAUUAUCGCUGGCAGUUCGGUUGCUCCUGGCGCCCCGACGGGACCUGGCGGUCCGCCGUCCGGACGACCCCCUGCCGGUGGUGCGCAUUCCGCGGGCUUUACAGCGGCGGCAGGAACAGCUGCAGAGCCGGCGAAGCGGGGCCCCGCGACCCGUGCUAGUACGACCUGGACCGCUGCUGAUCUCCGCGCGGCGGCCAGAGUUGAACCAGCCGGCGCGUCACACUCUGGGCCGUUGGGAGUGCGCGCCGCUCGCCUCGCGUGGCUGGAAGCACCGGCAGGCACGUCGUGACCAUUUCUCCAUCGAGCGCGCGCAACAUGAGGCACCCGCUCUGUGGAACCUCUCGUGCCGGAGCAGCUUCGCGGACCUAGGUCUGCAGCCCUGUGUGCUGAACGCACUUCAGGAAGCAGCACCCGAAGUCGUUCGGCCCACGACCGUGCAAGAGAGCACCAUCCCCCCACUGCUUCGCGGCCGCCACGUCCUUUGUGCCGCGGAAACCGGCAGUGGCAAGACUCUCGGCUACCUACUACCACUGCUUCAACGACUCGUGGGCCUAUCGGGCCCUAACUCCUGCCGUGUCGCCGCUCCCCGGGGGCUCGUCCUUGUGCCUUCCCGAGAGUUAGCCGAACAGGUGCAAGCUGUGGCUCAGCCAUUGGGCAGCUCCUUGGGCCUGCAGGUGGGGGGCCUCGGGGGAGGCCAUGGCAUGCGUAAGAUCAGGCUGCAACUGUCCAGAGAACCUUCAGCAGAUGUGCUAGUGGCAACUCCAGGGGCUCUGUGGAAGGCCUUGAAAAGUCAACUGAUCAGCCUGGAGAAGCUCUCCUUCAUGGUGUUGGACGAGGCAGACACAUUGCUGGAUGAAAGCUUUCUGGAACUGGUGGACUACAUCUUGGAGAAGAGCUAUAUAGCAGAAGGACCGGCCGACUUAGAGGACCCCUUCAAUCCCAAAGCACAAUUAGUGCUGGUGGGUGCCACAUUUCCUGAAGGUGUAAGCCAAUUGCUGAGUAAAGUCACCAACCCAGACUCUGUCACCACCAUCACCAGCUCCAGGCUUCACUGUAUCAUGCCUCAUGAACAGACAUUUAUGAGGCUGAAGGGAGCAGAGAAGGUGACUGAGUUGAUACAGAUCCUCAAGCAUCAUAACAAAGCUGAUAAGACCAGACCCUUGGGAACUGUCCUGGUAUUCUGCAACAGCUCCAGCACUGUGAACUGGCUGGGAUAUAUUCUAGAUGACCACAGAAUCCAACACCUAAGGCUACAGGGACAAAUGCCAGCCUCAAUGAGGGCAGGUAUCUUCCAAUGCUUCCAGAAGGGCUUCAGAGACAUACUUCUCUGCACAGACAUAGCCUCUCGUGGCCUGGACAGCAUCCAUGUGGAGCUGGUUGUCAACUAUGAUUUCCCCCUCACCCUGCAAGAUUACAUCCACAGAGCAGGGAGGGUGGGCCGUGUGGGGAGCGAGAUGCCAGGCACCGUCAUCAGCUUUGUGACCCAUCCCUGGGAUGUGACCCUGGUUCAGAAGAUUGAGCUAGCAGCUCGUCGAAGGAGAAGUCUUCCAGGACUAGCAUCCUCCGUGCAAGACCCUUUGCCUCAACAAGCCUGAUUUUGGCUGACUUAAAUGUGAUGCUAGAACAGGAAUCUUUCCCAGUGUCCCUGGUGGGUGAGCAUACUCGUUAGAAGGAGGCAUCGGGCUGCCUUGUUGCCUCCCUGAGAGCCUGGUUUGCUGCUUGUGGCUUUGAAAGGUAAGCUGCUGGUCAGCAUUUAGAGGGUAAUCU